AAAAUACUAAUUAUAAAAGAAUAACAUAUUUUUUUAAUUAAAAUUAUCAAUUAUAAAAAUAAACAUAAAUAAGUGAAAAAUUAAACAUGAGCGGAUAUGAAACCAACCUAUCACCGUAUGCACCGGUGAAUAAACCGAAUAAAUUUCCAGAAAUAACAAAACCUAAUAUAAUUGGUUUCUUCAGUGUUGAUGGAAAUCGGCAAUUUAUUCCAAAUGCAUCAAAUCUAAAAUAUUUAGUUUUACCCACCAAUUUGCGGCAAUUGUCAAUGGAUUUAAAUGCUGAAUACGAAAACAGAGUUCCCAAAUCAGAAACCCAAAAUGAACGUAUAGAUCAUUUGCUCAAAUUCAUAUUAGAAAAUAAAACGAGAUUGUAUCAUGUAAACGAACAACCUUUACACCAAAACGAUGAUAAAUUGUUAGCAUGUGAUUUUAUAUGCUUUCGCGGUCUUUUAAGAUUACUUAUGUGUAGUCCUUAUGAUGAAAGAGAAGACUGGAUUAUCAUGGCUACAAAAUAUAAAGGUAAUAUAUAUUUGUGCCAAAGGGAAACCCCCAGAAAAAUCAGUCAGAGGCAAAAUGAAACUGAAAGUCAAAAGAAAAUAUUGUCAUAUGGAUUUAAAUUUGAGCAAUAUAUUUUUACAAAUGAUCCACAAAUUCCUCCUAAUGGGCAAAUUUCAACAAACGAACGUGAAGAGUUUUGUUGUAUGUAUAAAACAACUUUAACUGGAAUGAACAUUAUUUUUGGUGCUGAGGUUGAUGGUGUUACAUCUCAAAAAAAAGUAGAUUUAAAUCAAUUUGAUCCAAAUCAAUUAGAAUUUGUUGAAGCAAAACUUAAAUUACAAGAGAAACAUUUCAGGCAAAAACGAAAUUUUUUAAAAUAUAAAUCUCUUAAUUGGUGGUGUCAAAGUUUUCUUGUGAACAUAAAAAGAAUAAUCGUUGGAAUUCGAAGUGAAAGUGGAUUCGUUUUUGAACUUGAAAAAGUUGAUGUAAAAAAUUUACAAAAAAUGGGCAGUCAAUAUUGGACACCAGCUGUAUGUGUGAAAUUUUUAGAAAAUUUUUUAGUAAUGGUUGCAAAAAUUACAAAAAAUGUUAAUUGCCCAGAUACUGUAUUUGAAUUUUAUUGGAAUCCUUCUGGCAAAAAGAACAUAAAGUACAAUGUAAAAAAUGGAAAAAAUGAAUUUUCAUUUUUACCUGAUUGGUACGUCCAGAAUAUUAAUGUUAAGAAUUAAAUUUAAUGUUAUUGGUUUCUAACUAUAUUUAAAAUAUAAGCCAUUCCUAAUUUUAAUAAAUAUUUUUAUA